AUGGGCCAAAAGACAGUUCUCAUUACCGGUUGUAGUGAAGGUGGGAUAGGUGACGCUCUAGCAAAAACCUUCCACAAGAAGGGCUUUCGAGUUUUCGCGAGCGCCCGGAAUACCGCCAAAGUCCAACACCUCAAGGACAUGGGUCUCGACAUUGUACAACUAGAUGUAACCGACGAAAGGUCAAUCGAACAGGCAGUGUCAGCCGUGAAGGCUGCGACGGGUGGAUAUUUGGAUUUCUUGGUCAAAAACUCGGGCUCAGGUUACGGCAUGCCUUUAUUGGACUCGGAUGUGUCAGUCGCCAAGAAGAUGUUUGAUGUCAACGUCUUUGCUGUCGUGACCGUCACUCAGGCGUUUGCGCCACUUUUGAUCGCCUCGCAAGGAACGAUCAUUAACAUUGGGUCAGUUCUUGGGAAGAUGCCACUCCCAUGGUCAGGAUAUUACAAUGCAAGCAAAGCGGCAGUUGCCAUAUUGACCGACCAAAUGCGUAUUGAGUUCGCUCCUUGGAAAGUCCGCGCAAUCCUCGUCGAUACUGGUGCAAUUCGAACCAAGUUCCUCGACAACCUUCCAAGUGCACCACGUCUACCCGAGAAUUCUCUCUAUUACCCUGCAAAGGAUGUGAUCGAGCCAGCAUUGGCUGGAACUGAGGUGGAGAAAAUUGCUAUGGAUGUUAAUUCCUAUGCCGAGGUCGUGGUCAACAAUGCGAUCCGAUCAAGCCCUAAGAAACAUCUUUGGUCAGGCGGAGGGGCAUUGAUUACUUGGCUGGCUUCAACAUUUGGCUGGUCAACUAUAUGGGAUACGUUGCUCCCCCCACUCGCCCACAUGCCAGAUAUCACCAACAAGAUCCGUACAGCGGAGAAGGCCGAACAGAAUCGCGAGAAGACAAAAUAA